AUGCAGCGUCUCACUUUACAAGACAAAAAACAGGUUCCGUUCGCAUCAGGUGGUGGUUGGCUCAUCUUCUAUGCUGAUUGGGAGUCGCAGCCUAAGGGAGAAUUGAUUAUCCUCAAUACCAGCGAUUUCUCGGGGCCUAUUGCCAUUGCGCAGCUGCCCUACGUGCUGCAUAGUCAGGUCCAUGACAAUUGGGCCCAAAGCCUAAGCCUCACACGGCCUCUGCCCCCAUUGACUGGCCCGAUUAAGGAUGCUGUGUCAUCCAAUAUUCACAGCUACACAAGCUUGCAUGGGACAUGGGCGGCAAUCAUGUCUAAUCAGAGUCGACCGGCUAUUCUACAAGCUGAGCAGCUGUACAAAACCAUGUUUACCUAG